AUGCUGGCUCAUAGUGGACUUGCCCUCAUCACCGAAAAGCUUCAGAACCAGAGAUUAGAGGAAUCUUCUCCCGCUACUUGUUGUAGUAAGCUGCCGCAGGUGACCCAAGACAGUUCAGUGAAGUCAGUAAGUCAGCAACAGCCGAACCUUACAGUACAAGGUAAAAAUGUUUGGGCAUUAUCUUUGGAAUCAGAAAGGCAGGGUCGUUAUGACUUUGCCAACCAGGAUAUUGCUAAAUCAAUACCCAGACCACUGGAAGACAUACAGACAUUCACACUCAGUGUCUGCCAACACAAGAAACCUAGAUAUUCUUGCCAGCUUUGUGAUAGUGCACCCGGCACUCCCAUUCCACCACCUAAAAAGAAGCACUGUAGAUCAUUGUCCGUCCCCCCUGAUAACCUGAUAGCUUUCCAAGCACCCACAAGAGACCAAGGUGGCAAGAUUUGGAAACCUAUAGCUGUGAUUCCUCAAAGUAAUAACAAUGUUCAGGACAACAAAGACAGAAAUUUGCUGCCAGUAAUCCACACCGGUGAAUCUACCAAAUGGUUGCCAAAAUUUUCCUCAGGUUUCAGACUCGUACCAGUGGUCCCCUCUCCGCCCAGUAUAGACAGUGGCCACUAUACCACAUCAGACUUCCAGACGCCGUCUGGGUCGCCAGUUCCUCGGCCUGCCUCAGCAGCCAGUGACACAUCAUUCAGCUCAUUGGGCUCAGCUUGGCACGACUAUAGCCCUUUGAAAAGUCGAACACGUGUACUAGAAAACCGUAGUCUUUCAUGUGAGGACCGAAUCUCUGGAUCAUCCUCCUCCAACUCUAUAUCCUGCUUCCAUGGCAGCGCUGAACAUUCCUCCCAGUGCUGCGGCAGCAACAGCCAGGAUGGCAGCAACGUUUGUGGCAGCGGUGGCAUCCCCAGGUGCCACUCUCAGCCCUGUGUCCUCCACCACCGCCGCUGUGGAAAGAAGCGGCGUCGCGACUGUGAUAGACCAACACUGAAUUUUAUCAAAAUGACCGAGACUGCAUAUACACGAAGUCAUCGAAGAUCAGAGCCAUGGAACACAUCUGUCGCUGAUCACCAGCUUCAGGUUCCACUAUAUCAAAUGUUUCCAGACAACGUCAGGUUUGGCUUGAACCCAAUUGCCAGUUCUCCUCUGGACUCUGAGCUGCCAAUCAUAGCUCAGCAUUUCCUGGACAUAAAUACCACUCGUGGCGGCCCUGCGGGUCCUUCUGCCAGGCCUCAUUGCCGUACACCUUCAGAUUUCCCAGAUCCUGAGAAGAGGCAGGAAGAGCAUGAGGGAGAAGAUGAAGAGGAGGAGGAGGAGGAUUGUGACUGCCAUGACAACCAGACCGAUGACAGAGUCGGCUUCUUUCCUGUCAGUGACUUAGACCUAGAGCAGAUAGAAAAUCAUUGA